AUGAAAGAAAAGAGCUUUGUUGAAUGUCAGGAAAGCACAUCGAUCAAAUUCGAAUGGACUCUCAAGGGUCUCAAGGACGUUUUUGAUGCAAGUCCAGGAGAAUCGAAAUCAAAGGCGAUCAGGUCCGCCCUAUUUGGUGGCGGCCGAUGGCAGGUGAGAUAUCCGCAAUCGUACCCGGAUGUGAUGACAAUCCCCACGCCUGUCCAGGUGCUAUUCUAUGCCAACUCCGGCAGCAAUCCAGAGGGUGCAUCAUUCGUGAGCCUCUAUUUGUCGUGUGAGCCAACCUUAGAAGAGAAGGCGGGCGCGAUAAACGGAAGAUGGAGUCGAGAAGGCUUGUAUAAGUUUGGAUUUGACCUCCAUGACGCACAGAGAAAAUACGGCAGUAAAGAGUGUGGCGAUAAUGCCUUUUCACACAAGACCCAAAAUUGGGGAUGGGCGCAUUUUGCUCGAAGAGAUAACGUCUUUAGCCAAAUCUUCCGUGCCAAACCGCAGGACGCACUCGUGAUAACAUGUACCAUUACGACUUCCCCUACCCCACCAGUUGGACCACCGUCUAUCCCCCUUCAGCCUGUACCAAAGGAUUUUCUUACCGUAUUAGGUAGUCUUCUUGACGACCCGACAUACUCAGAUGUGGAAUUUGUCCUACCUAAUCGAAAUCGAGUACAAGUGAAUACGAGAAGGAUAUAUGCUGCUCGAAAAAUCUUGCAGAGAGUCGAGUACUUUAGAACUAGAUUUGCGGAAGGCAACUCGCCUCUCCAGGCACUGCAGCAUGAAGUUGACCGUUCUUCAGAUCCGGAGUCUCAGCAGACAAUAUCAGGCGACUACAUAGCUCGCCAAUAUGAAGACUCGGACGACGAGGACGAAGAUGAAGACGCUAUGUCCAUUGAUGUUGAUGUCGACUUCGCCAAAGAACACAGCCAGGAGGCCGACGUUUCCAUCACAUCGAUUGACAAUACGCGUACUGACCCAUCGAGUUCUUGGAUUCCUAUAUCCGAACAUGAACAAGACGAAAACUCGCUCCAAAGUUCUGUGGAUGAUAUCAAAGAGGCUCGAAACGUGCGCGCUAAAAUAACACAUCCCUCUUCUCCAAGGAGUAGCAGGAUGCAUCUAGACCAGCCGGAAAUCGACUACUGCGCUCCCUCGAGAGAACCCGAUAUUCCUGGACCGAUCAAAGUGCCAGUAGUAGUGCGAGAUGUUCCGUAUGCAACUUUUCGCGCACUGCUCUAUUAUGUAUAUACAGAUACGAUCGUUUUUGCUCCGCUUUCGUCCAGCUUCCUUCCAUCCACUGCUGUUCAAACUUCGGAUACUCCCCCGCUUGUAGAAGUGGGUCAGUCUAGUUCGGAAUCCCAGUCCAACCUAGCCUUCAGUCAACGCUCCAGCCAACAACCCGAGACUAUCGCUACGACGUCAAAUCCGCGAUCACGAAAAGCGUGGAUCACACAGUGGGAGCAGAAGAAUGGUUAUACCGGAAACCCCCGGCCUUGUUCUGCCAAAGCGGUCUUCAGAUUAGCAGACAGGUAUGACCUACCCGAGCUGAAGCAGCUUGCCUUUAAGCACAUAGUCAAAUCACUGACCGUCGACAACGUGGCAUACGAAGUGUUUUCUAAUUUCUCCGCUGCCUUUGAAGAUAUUCGCAAGGCGAUGCGCUUCUUCCUGGACAACUGGGGGGAAAUCCGAGGAUCGGACUCUAUGCGCAACGUCUGGCAACAAAUCAGGCUCGGAAGACACCCUGGCUUUGAAGAAGUCUGGCCGGUCAUCGCGCUGAACCUGGAGUUCAAGGUCCAGCCCCGCGAAGGCGAUGAAGAAAUAGAGUCUUAG